UCUUCGUUUCCUAGAGGCAAAGUGUUACCCCUUCCGUCUUGUUCGACGAAGUUAAAUUGGACCUUUUUAAAAAUACAUACAAUAAAAAAAAUAACCACUGUUACGAGAUAACUUGGAACCAUGGCAGUGAACACGGGCACGUCUCUGGUGCUAUCCAGUCUGCUUUCGGUGCUCGUGUUUGCCGGCAUGCAGAUGUUCAGUAAGCAGUUGGCCUCCACCGAGUGGCUCACCAUCCUGGGGGGUUUCCUGGGCUCAAUCCUCUUCAUUUGCUCCCUCACUGCAUUUAGUAAUCUGGAAAAUCUGUUCUUUGGGAAAGGGUUCCAAGCCAAGAUCUUCCCAGAAAUUCUGCUGUGCCUGUGCCUGUCCUUGUUUGCAUCCGGUCUGGUUCAUCGUGUGUGUGUCACCACAUGCCUGAUCUUCUCCCUCUUCGCCCUGUACUACAUCAACAAAAUAUCCGCCGCCCUCUACCAGGCGGCCGCACCGUCAGCGGCACCCACCAAGGUCACCACCAAGGGCAAGAGGAAGAACUGAUAAAGAACUGAUGAAUGAAAACAAACAUCCUGAUUCUGACAGAAACUUUUAUUGGGCAGCUCCACAUUCCAUUAAAGAGAUUACUUCAUCCCAUCCAGUUACUAUUUGUUUAACACGUUUUCAUUUUGUAAUUAAAAGCAAUGAGAACCAUUCAA